UGACAACCGUUUCCAAGGAUCCAUCUCUUACCAGCAGAUCACCAACGGCUCUCUUCUAGAGCUGACUUCACAAGACAUACAGGAUUACUUUCCCGGCCUUAACUUCUCUGCUUCCUGGCUAUUCAUUGCUACAUGGGACAAGGUUGCACUUUCCUACCUGCGUGAGAGAGCCCCAGAGUCUGUGAGGGAUCUUUAUGAAGUUUCUUCUAUGGACAACAAUUAUCUACAGGAAGCAUCAUUUCAGGUGGUUUUGGUGUCAGAUGGUGACAUGUCAUUUGUUCUUAUGAAUUAUGGAGACAUAUCAGCUGUUGAUGCUCAGGCUGGUUAUGAUACUGCUGGAUCAUCCAAGUAUUUUGAAAUUCCUGUCAAGAGCACUUCAGAUCUACGUCACUCAAGCAAUGUUAACCAUUAUGGUCGAUGGGUUUUCCGUACAGAUGAAGUUGAGGUAGGCAAUGCUGAGAUAUGUGGACUCUCUGCAUGUCCCGACAACAACCAUGAGAUAGGCCUUCACCAGGGCAACAGGAUAGUGGGCGGUGAGGAUUCUGAACCAGGAAGUUGGCCCUGGCAGGUCAGCAUCCACCGCUCUGGGAAUCACUUGUGUGGAGGCUCCCUGAUCAACAAUGAAUGGGUCAUCUCCGCUGCUCACUGCUUCCAAAGCCCCUGUACGGCCCAUCAUACUGUGUAUGUUGGCCGUCAUCAGCAAGAAGGCAGCAACCCGAAUGAGGUCCAGCGAGGCGUCAUGACUGUGGUUCGACACCCACUCGAUGAUCUUGCGCUUAUUCGACUGACCUAUCCUGUCCGCUUCACGCCCUUCAUCAGACCAGUGUGUCUGGCAGCCAGCGGCAGUGUCUUCAUCACAGGGACCGAGAGCUGGGUGACAGGCUGGGGACGCAUCCAAGAAGGAGUGCCCCUCCCCUCCCCACAGACCUUACAGGAAGUGGAGGUGCAGGUGGUGGGAAAUAAACAGUGCAGCUGUUCCUAUGGAGACUAUGCAGUCAUCACAGACAACAUGAUCUGUGCAGGUGUGCCCAAAGGUGGCCAGGGCCCCUGUAUGGGCGAUUCAGGAGGCCCAUUGGUGAGCCAACAAGACUCUGUCUGGGUUCUCUCUGGAGUUGUGAGUUUUGGAAUAAGCUGCGCUCAUCCUAAUUACCCAGGGGUCUACACCAGGGUGUCCCAGUAUCAGAACUGGAUAGCGUCUUACACCUCAGGCAAUCCUCCAGGCUUUGUCCAGUUUGAGGCAGAUCGACCAGACACGGAUGGCGACUACACCUGCCCCAGCCCAACACCACCUGGCCCAAGCACACCACCAGCACCACCAACAACAACAACAACAACAACCAGGCCUUCAACUACUCCUCUUCCUGUGUCAUCUUCCUCCCCUACGCUUACAACAACAGCUGCACCAAAUGAAGGUGCAUUGUAUCCAUUAGUGGGUGGCACUGUGAGUCCUCCACAAGAGAAUGGGACUUCCUGCCUCAUCUUCCUCAAAUCGACGUUUAACUACUUUGGCCUUACUUACAGCCAGAUAAACUUAAACAAUGAUGGCUACCUGACCUUUGAUGGGACUUCACCUGUGGGGCCGCCAAACGGUUUCCCUGCACACUCCAACACAGACAUCAUCGCCCCCUUGUGGUCAAGGUUUGACAACCGCUUACAAGGAUCCAUCUCUUACCAGCAGAUCACCAACGGCUCUCUUCUAGAGCUGACUUCACAAGACAUCCAGGAUUACUUUCCCGGCCUCAAAUUCUCUGCCUCCUGGCUAUUCAUGGCUACAUGGGACAAGGUUCCAUUCUCUACCCAGCGAUUCUCUAGCCAGUCUGUAGCAUCCUUUCAGGUGGCUUUGAUUUCAGGUGGUGACAUGUCAUUUGUUCUCAUGAACUAUGGAGACAUAGCAGCUGUUGAUGGUGCUCAGGCUGGAUAUGAUACUGCUGGGUCAUCGAAAUACUUUGCCAUUCCUAUUGAGGACACUUCAGAUCUACAUCGCACCAGCAAUGUUUACCAUGAGGGUCGAUGGGCUUUCCGUACAGAUGAAGGUGGUGGAUCCAGUGCACAGGUGUGUGGGCUCAAAACCUCCUCAAAACCCGACAACAACCAUGAGAUAGGCCUUCACCAGGGCAACAGGAUAGUGGGCGGUGAGGAUUCUGAACCAGGAAGUUGGCCCUGGCAGGUCAGCAUCCACCGCUCUGGGCAUCAGAUAUGUGGAGGCUCCCUGAUCAACAAUGAGUGGGUCAUCUCCGCUGCACACUGCUUCCUAAGUCCCUGCACACAUCACCUAACUCUCUAUCUUGGUCGUCAUCGGCAACAUGGCACCAACCCAAAGGAGGUUAUGCGAAUGGUGGCAGCUGUAGUGCGACACCCUGAUUAUGACUUCAAAACGUCCAACCAUGAUGUGGCACUGGUUCGAAUGACCUAUCCUGUCCGCUUCACGCCCUUCAUCAGACCAGUGUGUCUGGCAGCCAGCGGCAGUGUCUUCAUCACAGGGACCGAGAGCUGGGUGACAGGCUGGGGAUAUAUCAAAGAAGGAGUGCCCCUCCCCUCCCCACAGAUCUUACAGGAAGUGGAGGUGCAGGUGGUGGGAAAUAAACAGUGCAGCUGUUCCUAUGGAGACGGAGCUAUCACAGACAACAUGAUCUGCGCAGGUGUACCCAAAGGUGGCAAAGACUCCUGCCAGCUUGAUUCUGGAGGCCCAUUGGUAAGCCAGCAAGACCAGGUCUGGGUUCUCUCUGGGGUUGUGAGUUUUGGAAGAGGCUGUGGUCGACGUGGUUACCCAGGAGUCUACACCAGGGUGUCUCAGUACCAGGACUGGAUCCACUCCGUGACCACAGAUGAUCCUCCUGGCUUUGUCCAAUUUCAUGCGCUGGGGCCAGACACGGACAAGGACUACAUAUGCCCCAGUCCAACUCCACCUGGGCCAACCACACAAACGACAACCACAGCAAACACUCCAACAUCCACUACUGCACCCAUAACCACACCCGUUCCCACAAUGAGCGUGUCCCCCACCUAUUCAUUGCCUACAAGCCCUGUUGUUUCAUCCUCAACUACCAUGUCAAGCACAAAGUCUCCAUCAGCCUCCCCAUACACUAGCCUUUCAGUAACAACUGUCUCAUCCUCAACACACUCUGACACUCCCUCACCAGGGACACUUCACACGACAGCUACAGUCACAAGCCCUAGCAUUAUAUCGACUUCGGCCUCAAAUACAGUGCCAUCUGAAAGCACACUAAUGACUGACAGCUCUACAAGCGCUACUACUACUGUCGCCUCAGCUACAUUAACAUCAUUAACUUCAACGCUAACAGCUACUACUGUAAACGCUACUGUGAUUAGCAGUCCUACAACAGCUACACUUUUAACCACAUCAGCUCUGGACAUAAGUGCGGGAACUAAAUCCGCAUCCACAGCUGUCUCCAAUACGGUAUCAACUGAAGGCAAACCGCUGACUGAAAGCUCAACUAACGCUCCGCUCACUACAGUAACAUCCGCAUCAUCUGCCUCAGCUGUGUCAGAUGCUUCUGCAAGCACCACAGUUGAUUCAACACUCUUAACAACAACUGCAAUGCCUGAUGCUACCGUGACAACAGGUUUGUCCUCUCAGUCUACUCCUUCCAUCUCAGUAACACCACAGGCUUCCACAGAUUGGAGUGCAUCUACAGGUUUGUCCUAUCAGUCUACUUCUUCUAUCUCAGUAACAUCGCAAACUACCACAGAGGUGAGUACAACUACUAACAGCAUAUCUUUCACCACAACUGAUUCUGUCUCUAGUCCUUUGACUUCAUCUCCAUCUACCCAGGUGCCAUUCAACACCACUGUUAGUCAAGAACCUUCAACCACCUCACCUUCCCCUGCAUCAACAAUCCCAACCUCCUCAAUCACAGACACCUCCACAAAUAGACCCCUAACUGUCUCUGCUACUUCUGCUUCUAACACUGUCUUUCCUUCUACUACCACUCAACAGUUCUCCUCAAAAACACCAAGCGCAUCUUCUGUGAUAAUGCCCAGCACACCCUCUUCUUCAGACACUUCAGCCACACCAAUAAAUCCUGUACCACACACCUCCUCUUAUCCUGUUUCAACCACGAGUGCCGUCAUUUCACCCAUUACCCAAUUUACCACUAACCGACCUUUCACUUCCACCUCCCACAAUGCACCAGACACCUCACCUUACCCUGUUCCUACCGCCAGUGCAGUCACCUCAUCAAUUGCCCCAUUUACCACUGACCAAACUUUCACUGAGUUACCAACCACUCCAACAUCAACAUCACCUAAAUCUGCAUCUACUAUCAGCAUCUCUACCUCUACGUUCGUUCCCCUCACAGCAACUACAGCUAAAACCACUAAUCAUAACAGUCCCUUCACCUCUCCUUCACCUGAAACAGGGGAACCUUCAACCGAACUUCCGAUUUUGUCAACCGUGUUAACGGCCACCUCCACCAAGCCGGCACUCACAGCUACUACCUCCACCUCUACUUUCGUUCCCCUCUCAGCAACUACUGGUAAAACCACUAAUCAUAAUAGUCCCUUCACCUCUCCUUCACACGAAACAGGGGAACCUUCAACCGAACCUCCGAUUUUGUCAACUGUGAUAACGGCCACCUCCAUCAAGCCCCCACUCACAACUACUAGGAUACCUGGCAUCUCAACUAAGCCUCCACUCACAACUUCCAAGACAGCUGGCAUCUCAACUAAACCCCCACUUACUACAACCAUGAUGGUAGACACCUCAACCUCUCCACCAGAAACCUGCGGCGUAGUUCAGCAACAAGAGAAUGACACGUUGUCUCAUGGGUCUUGGCCUUGGAUGGUUUACUUACUUGGUAAACGUAACAUGGUGAGGCAUCGAUGUGGUGGCGUUCUACUGACGAAAGAAUAUGUCUUGAGCUCAGCAGAGUGCUUUCAAAGGUUCAUGGAGCCGGCAAACAUACAUGACUGGCAAGCCUUGCUUGAGCUUCAUUGGCAAAGUGAUGGAUCUGUCAGUUUUUACAGCAGACGGAGAAUCACAAACAUCACCUUCAGCAAUCACACGCACAUGCCCAACGCAGUGAUACUUCGUCUGAACAGGCCAGUGCAACUGGGUGUAAGUGUUCAGCCUGUGUGUACAGACUUGGAAGAAAAGCUUGACCUAAGCUCUGCCUCAUCAUGUUGGAUCACCGGUUGGGAAAAGUCGAGAAUCGAUGGAAAUUUGACCCUGAGGGAACUAAAGAUUAAUCUGAGGGAGUGUGGGAACUCCAUUCCCCCUCAUCACAUAUGCACUAAACCACUCUACUUACCAAAGGCUGCUGUUGGAUGCCCUGUGGUGUGCCAGUUUGGACAGUACUGGUUUCAGAUGGCCAUUGUUCAGUCACUCAACUCGUCCAGCCCCACAAUUUCUACCUUCCCUCGGUUGUCUCUCUACCGGCAACUGUUGCUGGACACAGUGGGGCUUCGUCCUACACCCCCCAUCACAGAGAGUUUAGCAGCAGAGACAUUCUCCCUGUCUCUGUCUGUACUUGCCCUCUCUCUUAUCAUCUCAGACAGCUUGAAGAUAUCCUGAUCCACCCUGUAGAAAAAUGUAGAUGUUUAUGUUUUAUGUUCAUGUUUGUCUCAUAAAUUAGUGUUUGUUUGUUUCCCAAUGAUUGCUACAAGCACCCCAUAUUAAUAACUAGAUUCAUUGGAUAAAAAAUAGGCUGAUCAUUACAGCGAUACAUUAUGAUGCAAAAGUAAAUAGUGAUAUCUAUUGGUUAUAAAUCAUGAAUCUGAUAUUUAUAGAGAUGUCUUCAUUCUUCGAAUGUCAUAUUCCCAUAUGGUUUUUGCGUAUUCAUUUUUAAUUUUUGUAUUGUAAGCAUAAUGUGUAAUGUCUGCUAGUCCGAUAUGUAUGCUGGUUGUGUGCUCAGCACUACA